GGCUUACGUAAACCUUCGACGGAGGAGUCCAUAAAACUCACAAAUCUCUUGUUUUCUCAAAAGAACAAAGAACAGCUCUAAUAUUUUUUUUUCUACAAAUAAUAUAUUUAGAGCUGUUCAAGUUCGAAAACAUUUUGAUCAAUAAAGAAGACAACAACAACAAUAACAGAAAUAGUAACGUAAAAAACACAUUCAAAUAAAUAUGUCGUACGGAUACGACGAUGAUUCCAAGAGGAAGAAAAGGUUUAUUGUCAUUACCAUCUCCUCUGUUCUUCUGAUCUCGAUGGUGGUCGCCGUUACCGUUGGUGUCAGCCUCAACAAGAGCGGCGAUGACUCUGAUGGUAAUGGAGAGAUAACGUCUUCCGUCAAGGCCGUCAAGGAUGUUUGUGCACCGACUGAUUACAAGAAGACUUGUGAAGACACUCUGAUCAAGAACGGGAACAACACCAGCGACCCUGUUGAGUUGGUUAAGACUGCGUUUCGUGCUACGAUGAAGCAGAUCACCGACGCAGCUAAGAAGUCUCAGACGAUGAUGGAGCUUCAGAAGGAUCCAAGGACAAGGAUGGCCCUUGAUCAGUGCAAGGAGCUGAUGGAUUACGCGUUGGGCGAGCUUAGUAACUCUUUUGAGGAGCUUGGGAAAUUUGAGUUCCACAAGCUCGACGAAGCUUUGAUCAAUAUGAGGAUUUGGCUAAGCGCUGCCAUCAGCCACGAGGAGACUUGUCUUGAAGGGUUUCAAGACACUAAGGGCAACGCAGGAGAGACGAUGAAGAAAGCGUUGAAGACCGCAAUCGAGUUGACACACAACGGGCUAGCCAUCAUCAGCGAAUUGUCCAACUUCGUGGGCCAAAUGCAGAUUCCAAGUCUUAACAGCCGCAGGCUUUUGUCCGAAGGAAUCCCUUCGUGGGUAGACCAGCGGGGUCGUAAGCUUUUGCAAGAUGCUGCCGCCUAUUCCGAUGCGAAGCCUGAUAUCGUGGUGGCUCAGGACGGGAGUGGCCAAUACACAACGAUCAACGAGGCAUUGAAGUUUGUCCCAAAGAAGAAGAACACGACUUUCGUGGUUCACAUUAAGGCUGGAAUCUACAAUGAGUAUGUUCAAGUCAACAAGAGCAUGACGCAUCUCGUGUUCAUCGGUGAUGGUCCCGACAAAACCAUCAUUUCCGGUAACAAGAGUUACAAGGAUGGAAUCACCACCUACCGUACCUGCACAGUUGCUAUUGUUGGAGACUACUUCAUUGCCAAGAACAUUGGGUUUGAAAACACCGCUGGGGCAAUAAAACAUCAAGCUGUUGCGCUUAGGGUUCAAUCAGAUGAGGCGAUAUUUUUCAAUUGUAGAUUCGAUGGCUACCAAGACACGCUCUACACUCACUCCCACCGUCAGUUCUUCCGUGAUUGUACCAUCUCAGGGACCAUUGAUUUCCUCUUUGGAGAUUCAGCUGCUGUAUUCCAAAACUGUACUUUGUUGGUGAGGAAGCCACUCCCAAACCAAGCAUGCCCGAUCACAGCACACGGUCGUAUAGACCCAAGGGAAUCAACCGGAUUUGUGUUCCAAGGGUGCACCAUUGCCGGUGAACCAGAUUACUUGGCUGUCAAGGAAACCAGCAAAGCCUAUCUCGGAAGGCCAUGGAAGGAGUAUUCAAAGACCAUCAUCAUGAACACUUUCAUUCCAGAUUUCAUCCAGCCACAAGGAUGGCUACCAUGGCUCGGUGACUUCGGCCUCAAGACAUUGUUUUACUCCGAGGUCAAAAACACAGGACCAGGAGCCGGUCUUGCAAAUCGGGUUACUUGGGCUGGAAUCAAGACAUUGAGCGACGAAGAAGUCCUCAUGUUCACACCGGCUCAGUACAUCCAAGGUGAUAUUUGGGUUCCAGGCAAAGGUGUUCCGUACACUCCAGGCCUUUUGGGUGCAAACCCGGCAGCCGCAACCACAGCCCCUAGCGGCUCAGAUGCUCCAGGUUUCUCCUCCUUCGGAGAUACAAGUGGGACUGGCUCGAUUUCUCCAGCAGCUUCCCCUGAAAGUUCAGUUGAGAUAGUUUCAAAAGAGAGCUCUGGCGCUGGCUCGAUUUCUCCAGCAGCUUCCCCUGAAAGUUCAGUUGAGAUAGUUUCAAAAGAUAGCGCUGGCGCUGGCUCAAUUUCUCCAGCAGGUUCUCCAGCAACUUCCCCUGAAAGUUCAGUUAUGGUGGAUUCAACAGAGCGCUCUGGCGCUGGCAACAUUUCUCCAGCAGCUUCUCCCGAAAGUUCAGUUAUGAUGUCUUCAGCGGAAAGUUCUAUUUCGAUGGUAUCACAGUCUUCCUAAAAAAGUGAUUCAGAUGUCAUAUAAUGUGUUUUGCCUUAAUCUAUUUCAAAGAUAAAAAAGUUUGCACAACCUUCAGGGUUACAAGUCUUCCAAAUUGUUGAGAUUAAUGUUUAGCUUUGUAAACUCAUGUUUAAUAUCCCAGUAUAUUAAAAAUGUUGUUUAUAAAUCUAUAUUAUAAUUAAACUAGUGCAUCUUGUAAACUCAUUAUUAUGUAGAAAUUAGUACGCGCGAACUGUU